AAUAAUAAUAAUAAUAAUAAUGGUAAUGGUAAUAAGCAAUCCCUGUUGUGUGUGCAGGGUGGGAGCUGCCUGCCGUCCUGGCCAAGAGUGCUGCCCACUCACUCAGUGCCUUGCUGGGCCACCACUGCCCCCCUGCUGGACCCCCCUGCAGCCAUCACCAAGCCUUCAGGAGACACUGCUGAGCCUGGUGUAUGUCCAACGGGCACACUGGCGCUGCUUCCAGUACCAGGGGUCCUUAUGCCAGCAGGAGGUGCGGGGCGAGGCUGACCCCAGCACCUUCACCCCGAGCCUCUCCUUCCAAGGCCUGGUGGGUGUCUGGCCCUUACGCCUCCAGACCAGAGACGCCAUGCAGCUCCUGACACCACAGACACAGCAGCUCAGGGAGAGGAUUGGUGAGAAACUGCUGCAGCUGAGGAGGGAAGAGGCCGUGGUGCUGAGUGAGUCUCCGAGGCUGUGUCUGGUGUGUGACGAGCAGGUGGAGCAACACGCAGCCUUACGGAAGGGAACAUCCAGAGCGGCCACAGCGCAUCCAGUGGGUGUGGGAGGUGCUGGGGCGUGCCGGGGUGCUGGGGUGAGGCCAGCGGCUGCAGCCUCGGUGGCCCAGCGUGAGGAGGUGGAGCUCAUGCACAGCCAGGAACACGUGGCCUUCAUGUUCAGCCUCCAGGCCCAGCGGGAGGAGGAGCUGCAGACCCUUCAGGAGAACUACAAGUCUGUCUACCUCCACCCCGCCACCAACGUCUGUGCCCUGCUCUCGGCCGGCUCACUGCUGCAGGUCGUGGACGAGGUGUUUGCAGGCCGAGCCAGGGCCGGCGUGGGCAUCAUCCGUCCCCCGGCCACCACGCCGAGCCGGACCGCCCCCACGGCCUCUGCUUCUACAACAACGUGGCCGUCGCCGCCAACAGGCUGGGAUGCCAAGGGUGCUGGUGGUGGUCUGGGAUGUGCACCCCUGCAGCGGCAUCCAGCAUGUGUUUGUGGCCGAGCCGAGGGUGCUGUACGUGUCCCUCCACUGCCACGACCACGGCCUCUUCUUCCCAUCCUCUGAGGACCCAAACUACGACGAGUGGGGACGGGACCUGGCCAAGGCUACAACAUUAACAUUACCCGCAACAAGAGUGGCAUGGGUGACGCAGAGGCUCUCACUCAGGUGGUGCUGCCCGUGGCCUACCAGUUCAACCCACAGCUGGUCCUGGUCACUGCCAGCCUUGAUGUUGGUGCGGGGACCUACUUGGAGGUUGCUGCAUGAGUCCUAAUUGCUUUGGACAUAUGAUGGCCCUUCUGUCUGGCCUGGCCAAGGGCCGCAUGGUUCUGGCACUGGAGGGCGGCUUCAACCUCACCACCAUCAGCUGCUGCAGGACGCUGUGUGCCAAGGCCUUGCUGGGGGAUCUGCUGCCCCCCCUUGAGCCCCAGCUGGUGCCCAACAAGAGUGCUGUGCAGACCACCAAUGACGUCAUUCGUACCCACAGCCGCUACUGGCCGGCGCUCUGCUUCAAGAAAGAAGCAGCAGAAGAAGAAGAAAAGAAGAGAAGGAAGAGGAGGAGAGGGUAUAUGUGUGUGUGUGUGUGUGUGUGUGUGUGUGUGUGUGUGUGUGUGUGUGUGUGUGUUAUAUGGACAGAAUUUAAACUGAUUUCUUUCAACAUAUAUUUUAUUAUUAUUAUUGAAAGACAAACUUCUCUUCUUCACUUCCUCCUUCUUCUCUUUCAUCUUCUUCUUCUUCAUCUUUUGUCGGGGUUCUGAUAGGAAGAGAAAUAAUAAAAAUAAUGAGAAAGAAUUAGCUCUAUAGUGAGAGAAAGAGGGGGGGGGACCAUAUAUGUGUCUGUGGAAGCAUGUGUCUGUGGGGGUUGUCAACAUACUGUGGGGGUCAUCCUGUGGAUCUUGAGAGAGAGAGAGAGAGAGAGAGAGAGAGAGAGAGAGAGAGAGAGAGAGAGAGAGAGAGAGAGAGAGAGAGAGAGAGAGAGAGAGAGAGAGAGAGAGAGAGAGAGAGAGAGAGAGAGAGAGAGAGAGAGAGAGAGAGAGAGAGAGAGAGCACAGCCUUCCGUCUCUUUCUCUUCCUUCUUAUUCUUUCUCUCUUUCUACUACUACUACUACUAUAUUUCCUCAGUAGUUAGUCAGUCAGUCAGUCAGUGUGUGUGUGUGUGUGUGUGUGUGUGUGUGUGUGUGUGUGUGUGUGUAUCUAUAUCUCAGAAGUGCCUCCAUCUGUCCCUGCUCUGGCACUCUCGCUCUUCAAUUCCUCUUCUAUCUCCUUAAAUCUUCACUUAUAUACCCAUGCAGUCUUCUUCUCCUCCUCCUCCUCUUCUUCUCACUUUCCCUGACAGCCCCUCCCUCAUACACUCUCUUCACAAACCCAUUCUCAUCACGUGUCCAAACCAUCUGGGCGCAGCACACUCCACUUCUUUUGCUGCCACACCCACACCAAACCGCUCAUACAUGCUUCAUUCUGCCUCGUCCUGACACACCACACACACCUCUUGUAUAACACCUUUCCACUGCAUGUAUUCCCCCUUGCUCUGCUGCGUGUCAUGUACAGUACUUGGCUAAAGCUGUUUCUUGAUCCCCUCUUGGCCUCCGUGCUCACACUUCUUCCCUUCCUAACUCUGCCCUUCGCUGCUCUCUUCCUGACCUCACCUCCCUGUGGAUCUGGCUAUCUAAACUCAUCUAUAUUCCUGCACUACUCACUUCUGCUCUCCCUCCCACGUUCCCAUUCAUUACAGUUUAUUUAUCUACUCAUUCCCUCUCACUAGCACUCCAUAUCUCCACUUCUUGCUACAAUUGUCACUUUUUUCCCCCAUUUAUCCUGGUGUGUGUGUGUGUGUGUGUGUGUGUGUGUGUGUGUGUGUGUGUUCCUCCUGUAAUAUUAAAAUAAUGUAGGAAUGCUCAAUAAAAAUAAAUAAAAAAUA